AUAUUUUCAUUUAAAAUGCAUAUGUAUACCAUGAGUACCCAUGCUAAGUCCUUUUUCAAUGUAUAAACUGGUCUGCUACUUGGUCUAUACUAGACCUGUGAUUUCUGCACUGAAGGGCCCAGCAUGAGACCAUGAAGAAGUGACAACUAAUUGGCCAACCCCUCCUAUGCAGCGAAAUUUGAGUUGUUUAAGCGCAACCGACACAAGCUUUUUCAGAGCAAUUGAGGCUUGAAGCUUGGAAGAAAUUGUUUGCAUCAGGAUCAGUUUUGCGAAACGAACACGUCGGAUUGGUUCAACUUAAAAGGCAUCCUCGAAAAUUUGGGUGAGGCUGUUCGAGGAACACGGCUCUGGUAACUCUGUGGGCUGAGCACGACAUGGGUUUAUUUUUUGUUGUUGUACUUUGUCAGUCUCUCUCUCGGUUCAUUCCUCGCACUCACAUGCACCUGACUUACUCCCCCGCAAAGCGCGAACCGCAGGGUCUCCUGGGUUAGCUUAGUUGAGCCUGUUGGACGGCCCGGCCGGCGCAAUUGGCUGACAGCUGACGAAUAGAGCACGUGGGAGCUAAUGGUGGCUGGCCUAGCAUCGGCCCCAUGAUUUUGAUGGGAUUUUCAUGGCCGAGUCUGGCCUGAGGCUGGUUGGCUGGCCCCUUUGGGCUGGACGUGUUGUUAGACUUCUGCCUGACUAGACCGGGCUGUUAUGUGUCGCGGUUAGUCGCGAUUAAUCCGAACCUCGACGUGAAUUUGCCUGCAUUGUCGCUAGGUUAUCCUCCACAGGUGGCUUAUCAGCCAGACACGCCUUCAAUCUUUGAACCCACGACCGAUACGAUGAGCGAUUGGGAGGACGAAUCCAGUGCGCCGGUGCCCAUUCCGGUCGCGCCCACUCCCGCUCCGGCCAACGGGGGUGGACUCCAGAGCUUUGCCCCGCUUGAGACCGAGUCAGGUGGCUCCCAGCCUAGUGCCACGUUCACGGGGCGGGGACGCGGAUUCCGGGGUGGAGCGCGCGGAAGUCAAGAGCGAUCGUACGGCGGGUCCGGACGAUUUCCCGGAGGUGGGGCCGGAGACAGAGGCGGGGGCCGGAGAGAAACGAGCCAGGAUGAGGCUACCGAUGCGGAUAUUUGGGGUCAGGGCGGAGGGAUGAAGUCGUGGUCGCAUGGUCAUGAUGGUGCCCCGCGAGGCCGACGUGAGGGGCGGGGAGGGGGUCAGCGAGGGGGACGAGGCUAUGGCCACGAGAAUGGAGGUGUGUCGUAUGGGGGAGGACGAGGUGACGACUUUCGACCGCGUGGAAGGGGAGGUGGCUUUGGGGGAAGGGAUGGUUUCCGUGGCGACUUUGAUCAUGAGGGUCGAGGAGGUGGUGGUUAUGGUGAUCGCGGUCCGCGGCGCGGUGGUCGUGGCGGCGGAGGCAGAGGCGGUGGCGGUGACUUCAGUCGGGACGGAGACCGAGAGAGGGACAUGCCGCGUGAAAAGUACGAACCUGAGGAAGAAACCACCGACGAGCUACUCACGCACGUCAUUCCGUCCGGGAUUCAUUUUGAAAAGUAUGACGCCAUCGAUUGCAAAGUGAGCGGUGAAAACCCGCCCGCGGCCAUCGAAAGCUUCGCCGAGACCGGCCUCCGGUCCAUUCUUUUGGACAACAUCAAGAAAUGCGGAUACAAGAAGCCCACCCCCGUCCAAAAGCACGCCAUUCCCAUCAUCCGCGAGAAACGCGAUCUCAUGGCUUGUGCACAAACCGGAUCAGGCAAAACGGGUGCCUUCCUCCUGCCCAUGCUGAACCGGUUACUGGAGGAGGGUGUGGAAAGCCAUGCUGGGGCUGAGAGCCAAACCCCUGAGGUGGUCAUCAUGGCCCCAACGCGUGAGUUGGCUCUUCAAAUCAAAGACGAGAGCCGCAAGUUCGCCAUGGGCACCAAUCUCAAGAGCGUUUGUAUAUACGGAGGCACAUCCGUACCUCAGCAGUUAUCCAUCCUCGACCGGGGUUGUAACAUUCUGGUGGCCACCCCGGGUCGUUUGCUUCAAUUUGUGCAAAUGGGCAAAAUCUCGUUCAGUGCGCUCAAGUUUUUCGUCCUAGACGAAGCGGAUCGCAUGCUGGACAUGGGAUUCAUGCCGGACGUGGACUCCAUGGUUCGCGAGCCGUCCAUGCCCACCAAAGAGGAGCGACAGACUUUACUGUUUAGUGCCACUUUCCCGAGUGAAGUGCAGAAGAUUGCCCGUGAUUACCUCGAUAAUUAUUUGUUCCUGUCCGUCGGCAUUGUGGGCGGUGCUUGUGAGGACGUGCGACAAUCCGUUUUCCUGGUGGACCAGUUUGAUAAGAGAAACAAACUCUUCGAGAUUCUUAAAGAUACGGAUGUUCAAAAAAGCAAGACGCUAAUCUUUGUGGAGAAGAAGAAGAAUGCCGAUUUCUUGGCCUCCUUCUUGUGUCAAAGCGAUUUCCCUACCACCUCUAUUCAUGGGGAUCGACUCCAAAGUGAGCGCGAAUCGGCCCUCAAGGAUUUCAGGACAAGUUCCAAACCCGUUUUGGUGGCCACAGCCGUCGCUGCACGUGGUCUAGAUAUUCGCAACGUGGCUCAUGUUGUCAAUUAUGACCUUCCCAAAAGCAUUGACGAAUACGUCCAUCGCAUCGGUCGGACGGGUCGCAUGGGCAACGCCGGUCAAGCUACCUCCUUCUUCGACCCCAAAGAAGAUGGUGACCUGGCACAAGACUUGGAAAAGGUCCUGAUGGACGCCAAACAAGAGGUGCCCUUAUUCCUGAAGGAGGCCUCCUCCCGUACGCUCAAUCGGGGUAGUGGCUUUAACAGUGGCGGAUUCGGGGGUCGAGACAUUCGUCAAAAGCGUGGAGGCUACUCCAAUAACGGCAGGGACAAAGCGCCCGUGUCCAUUGAGGCCGACGCGGCGGGAGAUGAGGAAGAAUCCUGGGAUUGAAAGGCUGAGUGAAAGGAUGAGAUCUAGUUCAGAAAUGUGUGUGCAAAUGUUAAUGAAGUUACGAACACAAAAUCGUCCAAUCAGCCACCCCACUGAGAAACAAAUAAUCUCACUCCCAAAUGUCACGUGUGUUCAAACAACUUCCUGGGUAACCAGGAGCAGGGCCAGUCGUGCUCUUUUCAACCCUUUUUUCAGUCCAAGUCCAAUUGACAUGCUUUUUUUUUUACAAGCAAAGCACUCAAGUGAUGAUUUCAAUCAGUUAAGAGUAAAAGCCCAUUGAUAUAGGUACAGUAGCACGUUGAUAACAUUGACAUCUAUGAUGCCGUCGUUGCGUUUUGAACAAAAUUGAAUUGCGUGGCCAAGUUUAAAAAUGUCAUGAUCAUAUUGCUCCCAAAUUGAAACAUUACCUACAUCUGCAAUCGCACCUACUUUAUAUUUUUGACCAUAGUUCUAUCUUUUUACCUUCAGUGCUCUUGGAUUCUAAUUUCAUGAAGUGCCUUCACAAGCAUGCUGUGUAAUUCUGAUAACUAUGCGAUAUUUGAUAAGUAAACCUAAUGCUCUAUGAAUUUGGAAUGAAAGAAUCUGAAAGAAGAA